AGCUCAUCCUAUGCCGUUCCCCCCCAACGGUUCGGAUCCCUUGAGAUAUUCAAGUAUAUCAGCUUUCCCCGAGCCACCCAUUGCCAUUUUCCUUUCUCUCCUCUCUUCUCCUACUCUUAAUAUAUCUACUCUGUCUCUGAAAAUACGUUACUCUAACCUCGACACUUUAUCACACCUCAUUCUACUCCUUAUCUCAUCCUGAUCGCUUAGCAUAAACUCAUUCAGCCCUAUCUUCAUAGUCCAUUCCAGAGCUCAACAAAUAUCCAUCGAGCAACUUUACUGACUCGUUUACACUAAUACAUCUUUAAAGCGACAUUUUACCUUCAAACUCUCGAAUUCAUAACUCUUUCAUUGAUCAUGGCUGCUCCCCGUUCAACUUCAUUACGCGCUCUCCGCGUGCUUUCCCAGCAACAUACCACUACACCUUGCGUUCGCCGUAGCUUGCAUAUCACUGGCGCAAACUCCGCUCAACCGGUUAAUGUGACCGACAAGGCUUCGUUUUAUGCCACUCGUACUUUGGCUGAUCUCAAGCUCGAAUGCAAAAAGAGAUCGAUAGCAAGCAAUGGUACUCAGGCCGAGCUUGUGGAACGGCUUUCCAACCAUGAUUUCCUACAGUCCCGUGCUUUUAGCAUUGCCAUGAAAAGAAUCAAUGGCAACGCAUCUACAGAGUAUGCUCGCCCGCACUUAGUUUACUCACCGAAACACUCAGCACUGACAUCAUUUGUUACCAUAUCCAGUCCCUCCGUUCGUCAUUUCAACACUUCUCGUGCCGCAAAGGCCGUCGGAGAUUCAUCCACCGUCGAUUUUGCAUACUUCCCUUCUAUGGAGGAGAUUGAUGCUCCCGCCUCCCGUCCGGACCCACGCUUUCCGAUCCUCUCCGAUAUCUACAAGUACUAUGAUCCCUCAAAGCAGUCGAUCGCGUCCGACCCGCCCAUGAAGCCGCAGGUCUAUACUGUAUCCGGAGAAGAUGUGGCUGCGAGCCCCAUGAGUGAGGUUGUUGACAAUCACUCAAUGGACAUUGAUCCCUUCUCCCUGACGGAGACCGUUGGCAGAUCCCGUUUCGGGGAGGAGCUGCAAAGACAGCAGAACGGUUCACAAGCCAAGGAGCCCGGUAUUGUCAGGGAGCUUUGGUCCGGAUUUCUGGAAGACCUCUUAGGUCCUAAACAGCAGACCCAGAGAAAGUGACUUUGACGUAUGAUUUUGUUGUAUGGAAUAUUAGCGCCGUGAUUUAAUGACGAAGCGCUCCGUUCUAAAUUUCUUCUAUCUUCUGUCAUUUCCGGUCUGGUGAAAUAAUUUUUUGAUCUCCUGCUUCUCAGGUACACGUUUCAACCCAUGCCAGUCCUCUAGGAAUCCAUGGCUGAGGAAAUAAUUCUACCACUACCGUUGCAACUGCUAUCGGACCUAAUAAGUGGACAUGACGUACAAUUUCCAUUAUUAUUUACCUAGGCUAAACUAUGAUGUCCAAGGGAUCAGUCACCAAGAAAAUGCUAGGGUAUUGUCACAGGAU